AUGGAAGAUUUUGAUGUAUUUCGUCAUCGUGUACAAAAAGUGAAUACAUCUCGUCAGGAUGAAGAUGAUUUACAAAUGAGUUUUGUUGGUUUAACUUAUAUAUCAUCAAAUAAAAGUGAAUCACAAUUAGUUUCAUCAUUAUCUGAUUCGUAUGGACGAUGUGAUGACUUACGUGUUCAAAUAUCAUGUGAUAAAAAAUCUACAUGA